AUGUCGCAAGCAGAUGUCAUUAGGACCAUCAAGAUCAAGACAAACACUUUGAAGCGCUUGCAGAAGGAGUUCAGCUACUACUUGGCCGAAAAGGAUAAAGAGCAGUCGCGGUUGGAUCGUCUCCGGACGGAGGGGGCUGAUGCACACGAUCUGAAGCAGGCGGAAAAUGUUCUAGCUGAGUCCGCGAUGAUGAUCCCAGAGACGCGGCAGCGGCUUGAGGCGGCGCUGUCGGACCUGGAGGGCUUCGUGUCCGAGAAUGAUCAAGACGCAGCGGGCAGCGAGGAGCUGGAGGCGGCACGGGCCGCGCUUGCUGAUGCACAGGGCAUCUUCAGCUAG